CGAGCUACGACGAGUCAAUCCAUAGCUUAACCUCAAAAGCCCUGCUUGCACGAGUGCAGGACGAAAUUACGCGUUUAGAUUAGACAACUAGUUGUGUCCGUGAGAUUGAGAGGAUGAGUCGAUUUUGUCUUUGCUCAAAACUGACGUGUUGUGAAAGUCGAUAAUACAUUACUCGUUGGACAAGUUGCCUCUAAUAUUUUUAGUUUUGAGAUAGCUUUUAUGGAUUGUCGUAAUCAAGAUGGGUCAUGGAUCGUCAAGCAGGUCAGCUUCCAACAACAUACUAUCGGUAGAGGAGUCGAAUCUGGUGGAAAAUCUUUUCAAGUCAAUGUCACGCAGUUCAGGAUCCAUUAAACGCGAGGAUAUUUUCAAACACUGGUCGGCUCACUUGGAUGACGCUCUGUUGCAAUUUGUUGUGAGAUUUUUGUGCCACGAGCCUGGGAAGAAAACUUCGGCUGUUAAUGGAGAAUUAUUUGGAAAAUUGUAUGUGUAUGCUGUACGAGGCAACUCUGAGGAGAGAACAAACUUGAUAUUUUCAGGUUUCUCAGAAGAUGAGCAAAAGUAUGAGAUACCUACAGCAAAUUUUCUUCAGUACCUGCAAGCAACUAUUAAUUCCUAUUUGACCCUGCAAAAGAAUUGUGCCAAUCCACAUUUUCUCAGUUGGAGUAGCAUUGGCUGUACGGUGAACAAGAGAAGAAUAAAUAUGAGGUCACGCACUUUGUGUGAGGAACUUGUUAAGCUAGGAGACAUUUUAACAUUCAAUCAAGUAGAAGAUUGGUUUCAUCAAGCUGCUACUUUCAAAACUAUACAAUCACAUGUCUUUCAGUGCCUGUUUCUAGUGUCUCAGAAGAAAGGUGACAAGAAUCCUCCAAGUAGAAUCAAUGAAUUGAGUCUCUUGCCACUUUGCAAAGGCUUGGAAAAUAUUCCACAUUUCCCUAGUAUUCUUGGCCUUGGUGAUGUUCUCUUUCUAAACCUUAGUUUACCUCAUGAGUUGCGCAACGAGUGGCGCUUUCUGUUUUCUAGUCAAGUACAUGGGGAAUCAUUUUCAACAAUGUUAGGUAGAAUCACAAUGCAAGGAGCAACAAUCAUAAUUCUUCAAGAUGGAGAUGAUCAUGUUUUUGGUGGUUUUGCUUCUAACAAUUGGUCUCUCUCACCUAAUUUUACAGGUAAUCAGUCCUGUUUUCUAUUUCAAUUGGAGCCACAGAUUGUGAAUUUUCCUGCUAGUAGCUACAAUAAUCAUUAUCAAUAUCUGAAUUUACAUCAGCAGACAAUGCCUAAUGGUUUAUUAAUGGGUGGCCAAUUGAAUUAUCCAGGGCUGUGGUUAGAUUGUGAAUAUGGUUCAGGAAAGUCUAGUGUGUCGUGUACAACAUUUCAAAAUUAUGUGCAGCUAAGUGGUAAGGAGAAUUUUACUGUAAAACAUUGUGAGGUGUGGGGUGUUGGACCAGUCCCUGAAGUCGAUAAAGAUGAAAGAGGAUCUAGGUCAAUUUUAGAUGCUGACCCUACAUCAAAAGUUUUGCUUGAGCUUACAGGCAAAAAAAUGCAUAGCGAGGGACUUAGAGAUCCAAAAAAAGAGUGAUUUUAUGAUAACUGCAAAUCUAGUGCAAAUUUAUUUAAUAUGUAUAUUUUGAUAUGAGAUUGCAAUAAUUACUGAAAUAACGGGUGAAUUAUUUUAAUCACAACUGUGAUUAUGAUUACUCAUCUUGAACAUAGCUAAGAUAAUUUUGUUAUUAAUUUUUGGCUUAUUGUUUGAAGAUUUCCAUUAAACACAUAUGAGCAUUCAAAUCUUCUAUAUUGAACGCUGCAAUAAGAGCCAUCUUUUAAUAUUUACCUGUGCUGUGCUUAUUUUUAUGUAAAGAGAUUCGGCAGAGUAAUUUUCAUUCCAAAUUUGAAUAGCUCUGCUUUCUAGUUUUGACUUGUUUGGUGUAUAGUAUGGGCUUCGAUAAAUAAAUGUAACGUCAUAUCGAAUUAUUGUAAACGAAUUUUAUCCAUAAUUUUUCUGAAAAAUUUGUUGAAGAUAAAUAUCGAUUAUUUUAAUAUCACGAAAAGAUUUCUUAACAAAAUGCAUUGAUUUAUUGUCCUUUUUAAAUAUAUGAGAAACUUUGAUUACAUCAUUGAUGUAACCGAAAUAAAUGUAAAAUUCAAUCUUGUAAUUUUCCAUGAAACCAAUGUAUAGAGAUAACUUCGAAAAUGAUGUCACUUCUAAAUGUAAAUUCAUAGAAUUUGAAAAAAGUGUUCUUUCAAGAUCUAAAAUGAUUAUAGCUUAAACUGAAAUUAUCUAGCUAGGAAGAGAAUUUUUUUUAUGUAAAUACGAAAUUGAUAAAUGAAAAAUCUUCACUUGACAUGUGGUUAGCCUUUUACGCCGUAUAAAAUAAAAAACAUAUAAUGUAUUAAUAUGCUGUAAGUGACCAUAGAAUAAUAUUCGAAGGGCAUCGAAAGAUAUGCAAAGAUACGAAAACGAAGCAUUUUUAUUUAAAAAUGAGUCUUCGUAGCAGAUUAAAAAAUAUAUCAGUCGUAAUUGAUUGAACGGCCUUUAAAUAAUAAAGAGUAAAAAAAUAAAUAAAGAUGUAUUGUUUUUUUCUAUCACUCGUUAUUUGUUAACUCAAUUUAAAAAUUGAGAUUUCUAUAUCGUUUGUGUUAUUCAUAGUGCGUAAAACGAAUUAUUGAACUUCCGAAAACGAUGCACAUAAUUUCAUGGGAUUUUAUGAAAAAAGUCUGUUGAACAAUGAAAAUAAAACAAAAGAAAA